AUGGCUUCCCUUAGCGAAGGGCUAUUCAAGUCACUCCCAGCACCAAAGUACACAGGUGAAAAUGAGGAGCUCCCAGCACACGCUCAACGACGCGGGCCAAGGGUGGUAGGUGCCGAUGCAAUUGAUGAGACCCAAAUUGUGGUGAAGAGGGCUGGCCCGCCACCGUAUGGAAAACGCGCAGGAUGGAGACCGCGGUCGCUGGAAGAUUUUGGAGACGGCGGCGCAUUCCCUGAGAUUGCUGUUGCCCAGUAUCCCCUCGAUAUGGGCCGCAAGGAUACGCCAAACAAGUCGAAUGCUUUAGCCCUGCAAGUCGAUGCAGAGGGUAAAGUCAAGUAUGACUCCAUAGCAAAGCAGGGCCAUAACGAGAACAGAAUCGUACACGCAUCGUUUAAGGAUUUAAUCCCGUUACGGCAAAGGGUGGACAUGGGGGAGAUUUCCCUGGACAGGCCUUCACAAGAAGAAGUCAAUGCGCAGAUGGAAAAGACGAAGGCUGCCCUUGAGAAAUUAGUUACCGGAGCAGUUUCUGCCCAGAAACCGAAGAAUGUCGCCACUGGAAAGAGGAGCGAACCUACAUUUGUUCGAUAUACCCCUGCAAACCAAAUGGGCAAUACCAACCGCAAGAAUGAUCGGAUUAUGAAAAUUGUGGAAAAGCAGGUUGAUCCUCUUGAGCCCCCGAAAUUCAAACAUAAGAAGAUCCCAAGGGGCCCACCGUCACCACCUCCGCCAGUUCUGCAUUCUCCUCCGAGAAAACUCACUGCUGAAGACCAGGAGGCGUGGAGGAUUCCCCCACCGGUAUCAAAUUGGAAAAAUCCAAAGGGCUACACGGUUCCCCUUGAUAAGCGAUUGGCUGCUGAUGGCAGAGGGUUGCAAGAUGUUUCGAUCAACGAUAAAUUUGCCCAAUUCGCAGAAGCGUUGUUCACUGCUGAUCGACACGCUCGAGAGGAAGUAAAGCAACGAGCACAGAUGCAACAAAAGUUGGCUGAGAAGGAAAAGGCCAAGAAGGAAGAGCAUCUGCGGCAGCUUGCCCAAAAGGCAAGAGAGGCAAGAGCUGGAGCUUCUAGCAGUCGUAAUGAAUCCCGUGCCAGAUCCAGAUCUCGAAGUGGCAGUCGAAGCCCUUCCCCAUAUUCUUCUAGAUCACCUACUCCAGACGAGGAAGACGAAGCCGUCCGAGAACGUGAGCAGAGACGCCGCGAACGACGCCAGGAAGAUGAAAGAAAACUACGUCAGUCUAGAAUGGGCGCCGAGCGCCGUGUUCAGGUUAUGGCCCGGGAACAGAAUCGAGAUAUUUCCGAAAAGAUUGCUUUGGGGUUGGCAAAGCCGACACAGAGCAAGGAAACUAUGUACGAUUCUCGUCUGUUUAACCAAACCAGUGGAUUGCAGAGCGGUUUCAAUGAGGAUCAACCCUAUGAUAAACCUCUUUUCGCCGCUCAGGACGCUAUUAAUAGUAUAUACCGUCCUCGUGCUCAAAUGGAUGAUGACGAUGAGAAUGCUGGAGGUGCAGAAAUGGAUCGAAUAAACAGAGGCAACCGCUUUGAGGUCCUAGGACGUGCUAAAGAAGGGUUUAAAGGAACCGAGGACGCUGAGGUAAGUUCUUGCGAACCAAGAUUGGGUUAUGGGAACAGGGCUAAUCUUUUUCAUUUUCAACAUCAGGCUCGCGAAGGCCCUGUGGAGUUUGAAAAAGAUACCGCGGAUCCCUUUGGCAUCGACGGAAUGAUUGCCGAAGUUACUGGUGGUCAAUCAUCCGGUGGGCAGAAAAGAUAUGGGAUCCAGGAGGCGGAAUCCAGCCAGAGAGGCUCAAAACGAGCGCGAGUAGAUGACGAUGAAGACGAUGACCACUACCGAAGGAGGUAA